CGCGCGCACCUCCGCCAUUCUGCUUUCAGUACCGACCGGAGCCUCCAGUCGAAUACUAAAAUCGACAGAAAUGUACCAAACCCGUGUUAACAGUGGCUUCUCGAAACGGAAUUGAUCGGUAGAAACAGGACCGUUGCGGUACAGGAUCGGAAACUAAGGGAUGUCGCCGCUUAUUAAACUGCUGCGGCGAUGGCGCCGACAAGCCGCGGGGGAGGCAGCUGCAGCCGACGAGGAUGCAGGCGAAGAGGCGGGCGGAUCAACAGCAUCGACCGGCACGGAAGCGCCCACCGCCGGCCCCACCUCAGAGACGAUAGGCGAGAAGACAGUGGAGAUCGCUCACAAGCUCAACCUGGAGCCGUGGCAACUGGUCGCCAUCCUUGUGGGAGUCGCGGUCGUGGUCCUCGGUAUAUGCUUCUGCUGCAUCCGACGAUGUUUCCGCAAGAGGCGGUCCAAAGAUGGCAAGAAGGGCAUGAAGGGCGUCGUCGACCUCAAAUCCGUCCAGCUCAUCGGCUCAGCGUACAAGGAGAAGGUUCAGCCGGACAUGGAGGAGCUCACGGAGAACGCCGAGGAGCCGGACGACGGCGACUCCAAGAAGGAAGAACAGAAACUAGGGAAGCUACUCUAUAAGCUCGAAUACGAUUUCAACAGCAACAGUCUCUCUGUGACUGUGAUCAAAGCAGAAGAUCUUCCAGCUCUGGACAUGGGAGGAACUUCUGAUCCCUACGUGAAGGUCUACCUACUCCCCGACAAGAAGAAGAAAUUCGAGACCAAGGUCCAUCGAAAAACUCUCAGCCCCGUCUUCAACGAAACGUUCGUCUUUAAGAGCGUUCCAUACGCCGACGCGAUGAACAAAACGCUAGUGUUCGCGAUCUUCGACUUCGAUCGGUUCUCCAAACACGACCAGAUCGGCGAGGUGAAGGUACCGCUGUGUCAGGUGGACUUGGCACAGACCAUAGAGGAGUGGCGAGAGCUGCAGAGCGUGGAAGGCGAAGGGGGGCAGGACAACAAGCUGGGAGACAUUUGUUUCUCCCUGCGAUACGUGCCCACGGCCGGCAAGCUCACGGUCGUCAUCCUCGAAGCGAAGAACCUAAAGAAAAUGGAUGUCGGCGGCCUAUCAGAUCCGUACGUAAAGAUAGCACUCAUGCAAAACGGCAAACGACUCAAGAAGAAGAAGACAAGUAUCAAGAAAUGCACACUGAAUCCCUAUUACAACGAGUCAUUUACUUUUGAAGUACCAUUCGAACAAAUACAGAAAGUGAAUCUAGUGGUAACGGUGGUGGAUUACGAUCGCAUCGGCACGUCGGAGCCGAUCGGCAAGGUGGUGCUGGGGUACAACGUGCAGGGCACGGAGCUCCGCCACUGGUCGGACAUGCUGGCCAGCCCGCGGCGCCCCAUCGCGCAGUGGCACACGCUCAAAGAUCCCGACGAUGGAGAGAAGAAGGACUAAGGUGUCUCAGGAUUUCAUCGGUUUCCAUAAGCGUGAUGAAGAUCUACGAUCGCUUCCGAGAGAAGACGUACCAUCUUACAAGAUCGAAGAUUGUUUUAGUUCGUACUAUAACUUUUAAAAAAAUUUGCUAGUUACAAAAGUAUCCAGGAUAAUUUGAAUGAGAAAAUAUUUAUAUUAUAUUGGGUACGUUAAUAUUUUUCGCUAUUGCGUCGGCGGCUAUAAAAUUGGCUGUUUAAAUUCGUUCCUUUGUUUACAAAUAUGGCUGUAAGUAGGUGUUUACCUAUUGGCUAAGUACUUUCAACAACUUACCCAAAUCUCUUUCAU